UAUAAAUUAGACAGUGUUGUUGGAGAUUGAAAACCCUAGUCUUCGCGGCGUGACGACGGAGAGAGAGAUUCAGCUCUGCGUUAAAGGCAAAAACCUUCAGCCAUGGCAACUGGUAAAACUGUGAAAGACGUCUCGCCACAUGACUUCGUGAAGGCUUACGCUUCUCACCUCAAGCGAUCUGGCAAGAUCGAGCUUCCCUCAUGGACAGACAUUGUGAAGACCGGUAAGCUGAAGGAGCUUGCCCCAUACGAUCCAGAUUGGUACUACAUCAGAGCUGCAUCUAUGGCAAGGAAAGUGUACCUAAGGGGAGGUCUUGGAGUUGGUGCUUUCCGUAGAAUCUAUGGUGGAAGCAAGAGAAACGGCAGUCGCCCACCACAUUUCUGCAAAAGCAGCGGUGGCAUUGCCCGUCACAUCCUCCAGCAGUUGGAGACUAUGAACAUUGUUGAGAUUGACACCAAAGGAGGAAGAAGGAUCACUUCCAGUGGGCAAAGGGAUUUGGACCAAGUUGCUGGACGUAUUGCAGUUGAAGUUUGAAGUUUUGAAUGUUGUUUUUACAUCUUUUGAAACCAGUGUCCUGUUUUUAGUGUUAAAUCUUUUUAUCAAUAUCAUUUUGCUGAAGACUUGGCACUCACAUCUUUUUUGUUUGUGUCUUUAGACAUUUAAAGUCUCAUCUUCUUUCAG